GAAGCAGCACAAUAAUAUGUGGAAUAUUAUCUUAACAUGGUUGAAUUUGGCGCAAAAGGAGACGCGUUAAUGACGUUGCUCUGUUUGACCUUUGUUUGUACGACAGACGCGCAAUAUGAAAACUACAACUUCAGAAAUUUCCCCAAAGAGGAGCUCAUGCCCCUCACCACUGCGUAUGGAUUGGCUUUGGAUCAUUACGCAGCAGAGAAGUGGACGGAGUCGACGGAUUAUUUGGAAUCGAGUUUGCGCCUGUACCGGCUUCUUAAAGACAGCGUGAGAUACUGCAUGCUGCACUGUAAUACUAGCAAACAUGAAGAACCGUCCUUUACAGGAAACGGGGACCUCGGAGUCUACUGGCGCGUUAUGAUGAGAGCGUCCUGUCAGAAAAAGUGCAGAGCGCACUUCCCCGCGCUGCAGCUCCCUCCUCCCAGCAGACACAUCCUGGAGGAUUUCAGCAGAAGAUCUCCCUACAGAUACCUGCACUUUGCCCACUCCAGGCUUAAUAACCUGCAGAGGGCCAUCCCAUGUGCCUACACCUACCUCCAGAAGAACCCCGAGGACCAGGAGAUGCAGCAGCUGAUGGAGGAGUACAAGAGCCAGUACAACCUGAGCGGCUACCUCGCAGACCACGAAGAACAACCACAUGAGGCUUCCUUUCUGAGUGGAGUGAAACUCAUAAAUUCAGGUGACUACAGCAGCGGUGUUAAACACAUGGAGGAAGCUCUGAGCCUCUACCUCCAUGAGUACGACCUCUGUCAGGCAGACUGUGAAGGGAUCAGUCAACUUUCCCCACACAGUGACUUCUACGCAGUCACAGCAGAUGUUUAUGUUGACGUAUUACACUGUAAACUCAAGUGUGAAGAAAACUUGAUGCCUAAUGUUGGUGGUUAUUUUGUGGAGAAAUUUGUGGCCACUAUGUACCACUACCUCCAGUAUGCCUACUAUAAAUUGAACGACGGCCGCAGUGCGUUGCCCUGUGCGUACAGCUACUUCCUGUUUGAACCCGAGGAUCAUGUCAUGAAGCAGAACCUGCAGUAUUAUAAAGCGUACAGUGAACAGUGGGGCCUCCAGCCCGACCACUUCACUCCCAGGAUGGAGGCUCUCAAACUCUACAACCACACAGUCACUCUAAAGCAGAUGCUGACUUCUGCAGAGAAGUACUUAGAGUUGGAUGAUGAGGAUUUUCUUGGACCAGAGGAAGCUGCACGUUUUGCCUCAGAGUCUCCCGAUGUCGAGUUUGAAGGGAUGGGAGACUACGAGGAGUCCAUCUACGCCGACUGGAGGCAGCCGGAGGCUAAAGGAGACACUGGGGAGACAAAUAUCUAAAGAGAGCUGAGAGUGAGGAUUUAACAUUUAACAGUAGAUCUGAAAAAUGUCUUUAGCAUUUCCCUUUCAUGUCCUUUUCUGUCCCUAUUUGUAUCCAUUUAUCUGUGUUUUAAAUAAAAGA